GAAUAAUAUCGAUUAAUCGAUACAUCGGAACUUAUUCGAUGCGUUGAAUUGGAAACAUCGACGUCUCCGAUGCAUCGGUGAACAUCGCAAUCCCUAAUUCAUUUUGACAAUUUAUGAAUUUUAUCGAGAAAACGGAAAAUAUUAACUUUUAAGGAAAUAUAUCAUAAAAAUGAGCUCCCCGAAUGUCAAAAAUAAUAACGAUGUAAGCGUUGCAAAGCAACGGAAGUCUUCCAAAACAAAUUCAACGACGAAAUCUACUAACUUAGAUACCCGUGCAGAAUUGGCGGACCUUAUCAAGAAAAAGGCGGAGACAUCUGAGCAACUGGCUAAUCUAGAAAGACAAAUUUAUGCUUUUGAGGGAUCAUACCUUGAAGAUACGCAACUAUGCGGCAAUAUUAUACGUGGUUGGGAGCGAUACCUAACUUCUAAUAAAGCCACAAAUUCCAAAGCAGAUAAAAGGAAUCGUAAAUUCAAAGAAGCUGAAAGGCUUUUCUCAAAAUCAAGCAUUACAUCCAUGGCUAUAUGCAACCCUGAACGUGCCAGCGAAUCAGAUUCUAUAACGAAUGAGGAUUCGAGUGACAAUCAAAUAGCUAUGAACCAAAACACAACAACAGCACACGAUGGAACUGCAUCGAUAAAAAGUACCGGUAAAGAAGAAAAAAACCGGGCAGUGACACCUACUCCCCAGCGGGAUGUUUUAAAGGAUCCCAACACUCCGAGCGGAAACACAAAUUCAAAGAAUAAGCUCUCUGGUAAUUCAAGUACUAUAUCAGCUAAAAAAAGCGGACAUAUUAACAAAAAAAUUAAACACCGAUGAUUAAGAGGAAAUCCGGGUUACUUCCGCAACACAUAGCACAACUUCUUGAUGUCAACAUUUUAUUUUUGAAAAUGUAUUUAUCAUAAUUUAAACAAAUCGAUCUUAAGGCAGAAUUCGACUCACUCGUAUUGCAAACUAUGUGUAGCAUUAAAAAAUAGAUUACGUAUUAUCUUACUAUUAUUAUACUCAAAAUACUACAAAAUAUAUGACCAAGCCAAUAAUAAACAGCGUAACACCCAUA